GGAGAUAGUGCGAGUCAUUGCAGAAACGAGUAAACGUAUUUAAUUUUCACAACCUCCAACCCAACCUUCAAUAUUCUUUUACUUUCUUACCUCUGGUUCUUCACCCACAGGCCUAAAUUUAAAAACUAAAGGGGGGGGGGGGAAGCACAGCUUAUUGUAAAUGGAAUCAUCUGCCAUAUCUUUGUAAACCAACAAAGAAAGCAAAGAACCAAGCUCAGAUUUCAGCUCUAACCCACUUCAACAAUGGCAACUUUCUUCAUUUCUAGUUACCGCACAGCCCUGAUUUGUCUUGUUUCCUUCUUCAAAAUCUUGGCUGCAGAGCAAAGUUCCUCUUUUUCUUUCAAAAGUUUUGGUAAAGAUCCAAAAUUUGAGUCCAAUAUUGCUUUAUAUGGGGAUUCACGUGCUGGUAACGAUGGCUCUUGGAUUCAACUCACCGACUCAGUGAGUUGGAGUGCUGGGGCAGUGAUGUACAAGAAACCCAUCAAGCUCGUCGAAGGUAAAGCCAUGAACUUUACUUCUUUUUCAACUUACUUUUCCUUCUCAAUGUCCCAUGGAAACGGUGAUGGUUUGGCUUUUAUUAUGGUUCCUAGUAGUUUUAAAGUUGAUGUGUUGGGGAAUAGUUCAUUUGGGGUUUCUCUUGGAUUGGAUAAAAGCAAAAGUGGUAUUGUUGCUGUGGUAUUUGAUACCUUGAAAGAUGACGAGCACGGUGAUUUGAGUGAGAAUCAUGUGGGAAUUGAUGUGGGUAGCUUGGCAUCAGUUAAAGCCAGAAAUCUAUCAUCUCUCAAUUUGGAGCUAAACAAUGGGGAAAAGUUGCAUUGUUGGAUUGAUUAUGAGGCAACUUCAAAGAGAUUUGAGAUUAGGUUGAGUCAAUCUAGUAGUUCCAGGCCUAAUGAUCCCUUGCUUACGUAUUCGAUCAACUUGUCGAAACUAUGGAAUGGUGAAGUGUUUGUGGGCUUAAGCUCUGCAAACGGCAACUCUUCGCAGACAUGCUUUAUUCAUUCGUGGAGUUUUAAGCUGAGGCAGGUUCCCAAUUGGAUGCAUUCCCAACCACUCGAUCCCAAGGCCGCUGUAGCAAAGAAACCCGAACCUUUGACAGCCAAGACCAAGAGUAGCAGAUGCUUUUGGAAAGUGUUCGUUGUGUUCGUCUUUGGUGGCGCCUGUGGAGCCUUGAUGGCUUCUUGUGUGAUGUACGCAUGGAAUGUCUUCGGUGAUAGGCGCCCCGUGGUGCCUGAAGAGUGCGGUGUGGACCCCAUGGAUUUCGAUUACAAGGUCAAAGUAGUAGUAGUCGACGAUGCUGUCAAAGAUGGCAAGAAGCAGAUCUUUGGAGUAGGGGGCUAUGAUUGACAAUUUUUAUGUUGUGAUGAUAUUUUGUAAUUGUAGUUGCAGGUUUUGUUUGUGCUUUUAGCUAAUGACCAAUUGUGUAAAAGAAAAUGUAGCUGUUGGUUUACCUUGUAAUAU